CAAUACUCAUCACAAGUCCCCCUCUUUUCUGUCCUGUACCCCCAAAGGCCGAGGCUUUAAUAGCACCCGCAAAAGCAUGGCCAUCUCCCCUCUCAUCCUCACCCUCUCCGCCACGCUACUCCUCCUCCUAUCCUCUACGGCGUACUCCAUUGGAGUAAACUAUGGAACUCUCGCAGACAACCUUCCACCGCCAGCCCAAGUGGCCAACUUCCUCAAGACCCAGACCACCAUCGACCGCAUCAAAAUCUUCGACACCAAUCCUGACAUCCUCGGGGCAUUUGCCAACUCCGGCAUCGCCGUCACCGUGACUGUUGGAAACGGUGAUAUCCCCGCACUCGCCAACCUUGCCAACGCCCGCCAGUGGGUCGCCACCCACAUCGCCCAGUUCCACCCGCAGACACGGAUUAAUUAUAUAGCUAUGGGCAAUGAAAUCAUGGCCACCGCCGACAAGAACCUCAUCAGCCACCUCGUUCCCGCGAUGAGGACUCUCCAUCAGGCUCUUGUUCUCGCCAAAAUCAACGAUAUUAAGGUCACCUCCCCUCACUCUCUGGGCAUACUCUCAAUCUCUGAGCCGCCGAGUGCCGGCCGGUUCAGACGAGGCUACGACCGGGUCAUAUUCGCACCAAUGCUCAAGUUCUUGAGCGAAACCAAGGCACCCUUCAUGGUCAAUCCCUACCCCUACUUCGCCUACUCCCCAAAGAUGGCAAACUACGCCCUCUUCAAGAGCAAUCCCGGCAUCCAUGACAAGAACACCGGCAUUACCUACAACAACAUGUUCGACGCCAUGAUGGAUGCCCUCCACUCGGCCAUGAAGGCCGUCGGGUUCGGAGACGUGGACUUGGUCGUGGGGGAGACUGGGUGGCCCACCAACUGCGACGGCUACGAGGCCUGUAGCGUGGAGAAUGCGGCGAGAUUUAAUGGGGAAUUGGUUAGGCAUGUUAACUCCCUUAGGGGCACGCCAUUGAUGCCCAACCGGAGGUUUGAGACCUACCUGUUCUCCUUGUUCGAUGAGAACCUUAAGCCCGGUCCGACCGCUGAGAGGAAUUGGGGUUUGUUCAGACCAGAUUUCACUCCAAUUUAUGACCUUGGGAUUAUGCGCAACGGCCAGUCUGGUGGGAGUAGACCAGCACCCGCAGGCAAGAACUGGUGUGUACCAAAACCAGAUGCUAGCAAUGCAGCAUUACAGGCGAACAUAGACUAUGUAUGCAGCACUGGUGUGGAUUGCAAACCCAUACAAGCUGGUGGAGCUUGCUUCCAACCCAAUGAUCUUAGGUCCCAUUCAUCGUUCGUCAUGAAUGCUUACUAUCAGAAAUCUGGUCGCCAUGAUUACAACUGUGAUUUCUCUCACACUGGAACCAUCACCUCCAUUGACCCAAGUCAUGGUACAUGUAGAUACGUUGCAUGAGAUUGAAAUGGAUCCGUUAUGGCUGUGGGUGUAAGGCUCUGCCUGGGAGUCGAGUCUCUAACCAUACAGCUUGGAGAAACUAUUGAAGUGCGAUUUUUUAAUAUUAUUUGUUGUAUUAUCGAAUAUCUAGCUGUAACAUUACAUAUUGUGAAUGGAAUUAAUGGAUGAUGCACUGGUUAUUAAUUGCAA